UAGUCAUUGUGUGAUCUUCAGAGAUGGUGUUGACCAGUUUUGACUUCUAAAAAAAACCCUGACCCUACCGGAAACUGCUCCACGGUGAACGUUUGACUAGCAUUAAUGACAUGUUCUCUUGUGGGCAUGUCUUUGACCUCUGAGCUCUCCGAGAGGUUAAAACACUAGCCAUGAAAUGCAGUAGAGACAUGUGACACAUCAGGCCCACCAUGCUCGACUGUAGUGGGCUACAGUGUUAUCGUCAAAGUACAAUACAUGAAAGUUCAACAGAAGCCUCUUGACUUUCUUCUUCUUUUUAAACAUGGCUUGAGUUGGGACCACAGAAAGCUCAGCCAUUGCUGAUGAUUACUGAUGGCAAGUCUCAGAGGAAGUGAGACCAUGUGCAACAUCUCAACUUCGUGCAAUGUUGACUCAAACAUAGACCAGUUCUUCCAGCCUACGCUGUAUAUUAUUGUUAUUGUGCUUGGCUUCCCUACCAAUUGCAUGGCGCUGUGGGCCGCGUACAUGCAGGUAAAGCAGAAGAAUGAGUUGGGGAUCUACUUGAUGAACCUCUCAAUAGCAGACCUCUUGUAUAUCACCACUUUACCGCUUUGGAUCGACUAUUUUGUCCACCAUGAUAACUGGAUCCACGGUCAGGUGUCCUGCAAACUUUUUGGUUUCAUCUUCUACACCAACAUCUACGUCAGUAUCGCCUUCCUCUGCUGUAUAUCUGUGGAUCGUUAUUUGGCGGUGGCUCAUCCACUAAAAUUUGCUAAAGUCCGCAGGGUCAAAACAGCUUUGCUGGUCAGCGCCAUUGUGUGGUUAACUGAAAUCGUCGCUAACUCUGCGCCUCUGUUCCAUGACGAACUUUUCCAGGACCGAUUCAACCACACCUUCUGCUUCGAGAAGUAUCCCAUGGAGCCAUGGGUAGCUGGAAUGAACCUUUACCGUACUUUCCUUGGCUUCCUAGCACCUUGGGGAAUAAUGCUGGCCGCGUACAGAGGCAUCCUAAGAGCCGUACGUGGUAACGUUUCCACAGAGCGACAGGAAAAGGCCAAGAUUAAGAGGCUGGCCCUCAGUUUGAUUCUCAUCGUCCUCCUGUGCUUCGCUCCCUACCACGUCCUCUUGUUGUGGCGCAGCGUGCUCUUUCUCAUCAACCCCUGCGACUGUGGUGGCGAGGAGAACUUGUUUGGUGCUUAUCAUGUGACUCUAGCGCUCACCAGCCUCAACUGUGUGGCGGACCCCAUCCUCUACUGUUUUGUCAAUGAAGGGGCCCGUCAUGAUGUGGGUCGAGCCCUUGCUACCCUUUUGGGACUCUUCCAACGGGGCCAAAACCCAGAAGCUCUCAUGGGAGCAUCCAUCACAGUGGAGACACCUCUGGCAGUGAAGAAGCCCGAUUUCUACAGUGAGGUCAAAACGAAUGCCUAUAAAAACGAUAUUGAAGUGCUCAAAGAUGAAUGCCUUCAAAUGACCAUUCUCAGUGUUAAAAAGUGAAGUUAAAUGCCAUUGUGACAUACAGCAGCCCCGAAA